GUGUAGUGCGCUGGAGGCGGUGUCAUUCCCGCUGUGCGCGGCGGAAGUGGGGCGCAGUAAAUCAGUGCCCUCGGUAGUGUGUUCGCUGUAGUACAGGCGGCGCUUUGUUCGUCUCGCGUCACGCCAGUCUAACGGAAAACAGCGGCUCUUCGCUGGGGAUGAAGGGACUGGUCUCCGGCGGAGAAUAAGCGAGGAUUCCUCGGAGCGAGCCGGCGCUGCGCGGCUGGACUCGGGUCAGACGCGUCGGAUUGAUCCUCCCGCGGCUGGACGCGGAGGAAUAGAAUGAGAGCGCGUUCAUAAACACUCAAUUCUCCACACACUCCCGCUUUAUUCCCGCGCCAUGGACAAGAUGGAGCAGGAGGCGUUCUCGCCUUUGUUGGAGGAUUUUCUGCUGUCUCCGCUGGUGUGCUGGGUGAAGACGGUCUCUCCGCUGGGCUCCGGCGGCUCUGCUCUGUCCGAGUUCAUGACACUGGUGGACGGGGUUUAUUUAAACGACAUCAUGACUGAGAUAAACCCAAAGAGCAGCAUCCAGAGGGCCCACAGGAAGGUCAACAACGACCCGACGCUGCGCAUCCAGAACCUGUCCCUCCUCGUGCAGCAGAUCAAGUCCUGCUAUCAGGAGACGCUGCAGCAGCUGGUGGUGAUGUCACUUCCUGACGUGCUGGUGCUGGGCCGGACCCCUCUGAGCGAGCAAGGACUGGAGGAGAUGAGGAAGAUCCUGCUGCUGCUGCUGGGCUGUGCUGUACAGUGUAACAGGAAGGAGGAAUACAUCGACCGGAUCCAGACGCUGGACUUUGACACACAGGCAGCCAUCGCCGCUCACAUUCAGGAGGUGACCCAUAACCAGGAGAACGUGUUUGACCUUCAGUGUGUGGAGGAGAGCGAGUCUGUCCCGCACGAUAAAGACAUCGUCUUCAGACAGCUGACCUUUAACCUCAAGCGCCUCGUCGACGAGAGAGACCAACAUGCUGAGAUGAUGGUGUCUCUGACUCUGGAGCGGGACAGUGUGCUCAGCUCUCUCCACACCGCCCCAUCGCCCGGCGAGUCGCCCAGCAUGAGACGCACGGAGAGCGUGCAGCAUCUGUCGGUGGAGCUGGCUGACGCCAAAGCCAAGAUCAGACGUCUGCGGCAGGAGCUAGAGGAGAAGACUGAGCAGCUGCUGGACUGCAGACAGGAGCUGGAGCACAUGGAGACAGAGGUCAAGAGACUGCAGCAGGAAAACCUGCAGUUGCUGUGUGACGCGCGGUCGCUGCGGGCGUAUCGUGACGAGCUGGACGCUCUCAGAGAGAAGGCCGUCAGGGUGGACAAACUGGAGAGUGAAGUGACACGCUACAAAGAGAAGCUCCAUGACAUUGAGUUCUACAGGACCAGAGUGGAGGAACUGAAGGAGGACUAUCAGGUUCUCCUGGAGACCAAGAGCAUGCUGGAGGAUCAGCUGGAGUCAUUCAGAUCUCGAUCUGAUAAACAUCAUGAGUUGGAGAAAGAAAAUCUGCAGCUUAAAAACAAGAUCCAUGACAUGGAGAUGGAGCGAGACAUGGACAGGAAGCGCAUGGAGGAGCUGCUGGAGGAGAACCUGACGCUAGCGGUGGCCCAGAAACAGAGCAUGGACGAGUCUCUGCAUCUUGGCUGGGAACUGGAGCAGCUCUCCAAGACCACACCCGACCUCACUGAAGUGCCGCAGAAGUCUCUGGGUCACGAGGUGAGCGACCUGACGUCCAGUCAGCUGCUAAAGCUGGAGAAGGAGAAUCAGAUGCUGCUGAAGAGCGUGGAGGAGCUGAAGGCCUCCAGUGAGAGCGGCGUGCGCCUCCGACUGGAGAAAGACAACCAGAAACUCAGCCAGCAGCUGGAGCAGCUGCAGGCGGAGCUGACUGCAGACAGAGAGAGUCUGCGCAGCGCUGAGAGUCUGAGCGCAGACCUGCUGAAGGAGAAGGCGCAGCUGGAGAAAACACUGGAGACGCUCCAGCAGAACUCCGACAGACAGGUCAAGGGUCUGGAACAGGAGAACGAUCAUCUGAACCAGACCAUCGCCUCUCUCAGGCAGCGCUCGCAGGUCAGCGCUGAAGCCCGCGUCAAAGACAUCGAGAAAGAAAACCGUGUGCUGCACGAGUCCAUCAAAGAGACUAGCAGCAAACUCAACAAGAUGGAGUUUGAGCGCAAACAACUUCGCAAAGACCUGGAGCACUACAAAGAGAAAGGAGAAAGAGCCGAGGAGCUGGAGAUGGAGGUCCAUCGACUGGAGCGAGAGAAGGAGAGUCUGCAGAAGCGUCUUGCUGCUCUCGCCAUCACCUGCGGGAAGGUGGAGGUGCUGGAGAAGGAGAAUGCCGAGCUGGAAGCGGAGAGCAGGAAACUGAAGAAAGCGGCGGACAGUCUGAGGAAUGUUUCCUAUCAGAUGGAGGUCCUGGAGAAGGAAAACGCUCAGCUGGACGAAGAAAACCUGGAGCUCCGGCGCAUGGUGGAGUCUUUACGGUCCACUGGAGCAAAGGCUGCUCAGCUGGAGCUGGAGAACAAAGAGCUGGAGAACGAGAGAACCCAACUCAAAAAGAGUCUCGAGCUCCUGAAGGCUUCGUCCAAAAAAAACGAGCGCCUGGAAGUCAGUUACCAAAGCCUGGACGCAGAGAACCAGCGGCUGCAGAAAGCCCUGGAGAACGGCAGCCGCAAGCUUCAGCAGCUGGAGGGAGAACUGCAGGACACGGAGUUGGAGAACCAGAGCCUGCAGCAGAGCCUGGAGGAGCUGAAGAUCUCCAGCAAAGGUCUGGAGCAGCUGGCGCAGGAGAACGCGGCCCUGGAGCAGGAGAACAACCAGCUGGAGAAGGACAAGAAGCAGCUGGAGAAGGAGAACAAACGGCUGCGACAGCAGGCUGAAAUCAGAGACUCCAAACUCGAUGAAGACAACCUGCGCAUCUCUCAUCUCGAGAAGGAGAACCGCACGCUGGGCAAGGAGGUCACCGCUCUCAAAGACAUGUGUGGUCGCGUGAAAGACUUGGAGAAGGACAAUAAAGAACUGGUCAAACAAGCAACCAUAGACAAGAAGACCCUGGUCACUCUGAGAGAGGAGCUUGUCAAUGAAAAAUUAAAGACCCAGCAGAUUAACAAUGACCUGGAGAAGCUGACCCAUGAGCUUGAGAAGAUCGGCCUCAAUAAAGAGGGGCUUCUGGGUGAUGAAGAGAGCUCUGAUGACAGGUUUAAGCUUCUGGAGUGUAAACUGGAGUCCACUCUGAAGUCCUCUCUGGAGAUCAAAAUGGAGAAGAUCGCUGCUCUAGAAGCCCGACUGCAGGAGUCCUCCAACCUCAACCAGCAGCUACGGCAGGAGCUCAAAACGGUGAAGAAGAACUACGAGGCUCUGCGCCAGCGUCAGGAGGAGGAGUGUUCGGCUCAGAGCUCGCCUGCAAGAGGACGGGAGAACACACAGAGCAAAUGGGAGAAGGAAAGUCAGGAGGCCACGCGAGAGCUUCUGAAGGUCAAAGACCGACUCAUAGAGGUGGAGAGAAACAAUGCCACUCUCCAAGCAGAGAAGCAGGCUCUCCGGACACAGUUAAAGCAGCUGGAAUCUCAGAGCGGGAAUCUCCAGGCACAGAUACUAGCUCUUCAGAGACAGACCGCGUCCCUACAGGAGAACAACACCACAUUACAAACACAGAACGCCAAACUACAGGUGGAGAACUCGACGCUGAACUCUCAGAGCGCCGCUCUCAUGUCCCAGAAUGCUCAGCUGCAGACACAGCAGUCCGGUACAGAGAGUGAGAGGGACGUGGCCAUUCGAGAGAAGGAGGAACUGCGCACGGUCUACGAUCUGCUGCUGCACGACCACGAGAAGCUGUCUGCGCUGCAUGAGAGACAGGCCUCGGAGUACGAGGAUCUGAUCGGCAAACACGGAGAGCUGAAGAGCGGCCACAAGAGCCUGGAGCUACAGCACCGCAGCCUGGAGAACAGGUACAAUCAGCUGCUGAAGCAGAAGACCGAGCUGGAGCAGCUGGAGAGAGAACUCACAGCUGAGCGAGAGAAGAUGAUCUCCGACAGCAAGAGCCAUCAGGACACGGUCGCACAGUACCAGAGGCUCAGCGAGGAGCACCACACGCUGAACUCCACGCACCAGCAGCUCCUGAAGGACAAUGAGCUUCUGCAGACAGAUCAUAAGACCCUUAAGAGUCAGCUGAACACGGCCCGGCUGGAGCAGACGCGUCUGGAGGCCGAGUUCUCCAAACUCAAGGAGCAGUACCAGCAGCUGGACAUAACCUCCGCCAAACUCACCAACCAGUGCGAGUUGUUAAGUCAGCUGAAGGGGAAUCUAGAGGAAGAGAACCGGCAUUUGCUGGAUCAGAUCCAGACCCUCAUGCUGCAGAACCGGACCCUGCUGGAGCAGACCAUGGAGAGCAAAGACCUGUUCCACGUCGAGCAGAGACAAUACAUUGAUAAACUCAAUGAACUUAGAAGACAGAAAGAGAAACUUGAGGAGAAGAUUAUGGAUCAGUAUAAAUUUUAUGACCCGUCACCUCCGCGAAGGAGGGGGAACUGGAUCACGCUGAAGAUGAGGAAGCUCAUCAAGCCAAAGAGUCGUGAGCGCAUGCGCUCUCUCACGCAGACUCCGUCCCGCUCCGAGUCCAGUGAAGGUUUCCUGACGCUGCCGCAGCCGGACAGUCAGGACAGCUCGUCCGUUGGCUCUGGAUCCAACUCACUGGAGGACAAUCUCACCCACCACAGCAGCAGGAAGAGAGUUGAGAAAAGCCAAACGCAGGCUUCCUCUAACGCGCUGAAAAAGCUUGCGUUCAUGAGGAACCGAUCCAAGGAGAAAGACCGAGUGAAGGCCGUCUACCGCCGCUCUAUGUCCAUGAACGACCUGCUGCAGACGAUGGCAGUGUCCGAGGGUCAGUGGUCCAGCAGCACGGAUCAUCUAGAAGCUCCAGACGAGGCCAUUGGCGCUCAGCAUGGGAAGGAGUUUGGAUCCAUGGACUACACCGGCCUGAGCCUGACCCACGGCCGCAGCGCUCGCCAUCGCUCCGAUACAGGUGCAGCCGCGUCCAGCGAAGACGUCACGCAGCUGUCGUCGGAGGAGCGAGCUCAGGGUGUGAUGAACGGCAGUGCGAGUCGGCCUCAAAGUGAGAGCAGUGAUGUCAGUGUGAGUCUGGACAGUCCCGCGAGGCAGACCUCAGUGCAGCACAGCUCUCUGGACGGCAAACACAGGGCCAAAUCUGCAGGAAGUGAGAUGGUUUCCCUGCAGCAGUUCCUGGAGGAGAGCACAGAGCCAGCAGAGGCCGCGCUCUCAGCACAGUCGUCUGGUGUGUCCGGAGCCGCGCCGCAGGCGUCCAGGGAUCGUGUGAAGAGCCGAGGCAUCCUGCGCUCAGCCAGCGGUAAGGCCUCUGCGGCGGACAGCGCUCGAGCCGGUCAGCUGGGCCGCCCCAGCUUGCGCAAGGCCGAGAGCACGCGGUCCAAGGGCUCUGCGCCGCCCCGAGCUGGCCUGUCAGCACAGAGCAAAGCCUCGUCAGCGUCGCUGUCGGAGCGUCUGGACUCGACCGCAGGCCUGCCCCGCGCCAGCAGCGUCAUCUCCACCGCAGAGGGCUCUGUCCGCCGCACCAGCAUCCAUGAGCUGCUCUCCAAGGACAGCCGGCAGCCCGUGCUGGUGGACCCUGCACCUACCCGCUCCCAGAGUGAGUACAGUGACCCAGCCCUGCCCAAGUCCACUAGCAUGCCCUGCCGCGUAGAGGAGCCCGAGCCGUCCAGCCUGCAGGCCUUUCUAGGUCCCUCCUUCACCGUAGACUCCAUCUUUCUGGACUCCAUCUUUAGCGAGCCAGCGGUGACGGGCGGUGCUAGAAACCAGACCAUCCUGUCCCUCAACACGGCUCUCGUUAGUAACAUUAGCGGCCCUCCCCAUAAGGCCAAGCACUCAGAUGAGCAGUCCGAGCCCGAUCCCGAGGCCGGCUUCCCCUCGGAGGACGGCCAGUCGCUGUGGUACGAGUACGGCUGCGUGUGACCCCUGACCCCCGCCUGCAUGAGUCCGGUCUGUGUUGUGUCUUUGUAGCGACGCUCAUGUGAUUCUUCUGUUGGACUGAACCUCCAUCACUCUUGUAUUAACUGAUGCUGUCUGCUGUGUGUGUAACCGCUGAUCCACUUCAUAUUUAUGAACAACACAGGCUUGUAGAACAAGUCCCAUGAUGCUCUUCUGAUUGUUUUAUUUAAAUGACACGGUGCGGGUGUUUGUGUGCAUGGCUUUAUCCUCCACGCUGCGUUCUGACGCCUGUGAUCUGGUGUGGGUUGUGUUGGCGUGUGAUGUGAGGCCGGACCUCAGGGAGACUGUAUGAACACACCGCUCUCUGCUGACCCAGCACCGGCCGUGUUCGAUGCAUGCUGUGUAUCCACAUAACGUCGUUCAGGACAUUGAUUCUUCUGUAAUGUGCCGUUUAAGUGUGGCUUGCUUUCGUUCUGCAGAUGUGGAAGUGUUACAGGAAAACAGGAAGACUAAGAGCAGAGGUGGAGCUCAGAGUUUGUCCUGAAUUCACACGGUGAGUGUCACGAUCCUCCUCAGGAAACUCGUUGUUCACCUCCAGCCCAAAGUACAGGGAGCCCCAUGCAUUCCUCACUGAUCAUAAUCAUGAUAAUUAGCAUUGAGGGGGUCAUGACAUUAUUUUUUUUUAAUAUGUUCCUUCAGCUUUACUUAUAACAUUAAUAAAGUAAAAAAAAAUUUUUUGAAAAAUGAUUUUCAGCGUUCAUUCUGAACUUCUCUCUAAAACAGCCUGUUUUCAAGGGGCGUGUCCUUUAGGCUUCUCAGUAAUCGGCCACUGUUAUGAUUGGCUAACGUCACUGCAUAGUAAACACUAUCAACUCCCCUCUCUAUUGUGAGAGUUUUGACAACAUAAUCAAAAUAAAACGGUCAUUUCCAGACAGAUCAUUAUGAAAUCAUCUACUUGGGGUUGGUGAUGCAGCUGCAGUCGGAUCUAGUGCUGCUUCAUCUUUCAACAAAUGUUUCUUUGUGACUCUCCAUGACACUGUGCCUCGAUUACAAAACAAACGCUCCGAUCAAUCCUCGGACAUGAUCCGGCUGCUAUUAAGAAUAAACUAUCCACUUGUUCCUUUCAUUCGGAUCCUUCUGAUAUCUGUACCAAGAUGCGCUCGUUCUUUCCCUGCGUUUGUCCUGACAUCAGACUCGAGCGCUGGACUGUCAGAAAGUGAACGCACAUCUGUGUACUGUAUCCAGUGUAGACAAGAGAGCGCCAAUGAUUCUGAUUUCUGUUUGCUUUUGACGCGACGUGACACUCGCAUUCAAGCGUGAUCAAGUGUUAGUGACUGAACGCCAGUGGGCGGGGCCUGUGUCGACGCGUUGCUCUGGGGGUGGGGUUUAUGUAAAUGACUGCACCCAGCUGACAUCACCUUGCCCCUCAGAUCCAAAACGAGCCGUCUUCUGAGGGUCAUUACAUAAAUGAUUUUUAUUAAUGAUGAGCACAUUUUAAGCUAUGAAACUUGCAGGAUGUAUUAAGCAUACAAAGACCUCUUCUGUGUCAAGGGAAAUUUGAUUUCUCAUGUCAUGACCCCUUUAAACAGCAUCAUCAGAAAUAUUUUCACACUGAAUCUCCAGAUUGAAGGCAGGGAAGGUGAUUUGGGUCAGAAACAUUGUUAUUUCGUUUUGUUCUGCUGGUUGAAAGUCUCUUCACAUCCCAAUAGCAAUCACUAAGUGCUCUAAAUGUAUUUAUAUGUAUUUAUAUUGUCUGUGGAAGGCGUAGGACCAUAAAAUGUUAAAACAAUAUUCACAUAAUCCCAUUACAUUGUCAUAUUUAGU